AAUUUUAAAACACGUAAGGAUAAUAGAGAACAGCUGAUUGUUGUGGAUUUGUAAUAUGCUACUCUCAGUUAUCUAGGCGCACUCUCACUGCUAGCUGGUCUCUUCGAUGCGAGCUUUAAAACCCUCGCUGCCCAGGACCCGAACAGAUGCCAAGCAACCACCAAGCGAGCAGCAUUGCCACUAUUCAAGACUAAAACGUCCGUGCAGUGAGUGACAGUGUGUAACACAACAACACGAGUGAAAAGUGCACAACUAUAUAAAAGCACACACACAUAUCCAUGUCUCUAUAGUACUUAUUUGCCGUAGCCCAAAAAAGAGUGCUAUAUAAAUGCUUUAGUGCGAUUAGCCGACGUGCAAGACGUGGAAGUGUGCACUGUGAAUAAACGUACAUACAAAUAUAUGUACACACUCGCAAUGCAUUGAGAAGUAUCCGUACAAGUGCGUGUAGCGAAAACAAUUCCAUUACGCUUUGACGGCAUUUUAUUUUUCUAAAUUAAAAUGUGUAAAUAAGAAAAUUCCCCAAUCAAAAGUUGUGAAAAUGAUAUGAAAUUCAUAAAUAACGAACGAACAUAACAAUAAAAUGCGAGUUUUCUACACUUUGCUUGCUGGAUAAGUGAGCCAGCAAGUGGAUGAAAACAGCAAAACGGAACAAUUUCGUGUAAUAAAUCUGUAGAUUGCAUGAAAUUAAUAGCGAAAUUCAACCACACUCACACAUUCACACACGAACACACACACAUGUAUAAAUAGUGCAUGCAACGCAUUUUUUUGGGUCAUAUGCACGCUGUGGUGCGGUGGUGGGUGGCGGAUGGUGGAUAACAACGCCCCAUCAUAACAAUACCAAUAAUAACGAUGAUGAUGGUGAUGAUGAUGAUGACGACGAUGUUGUUGCUGCUGCUGCUGAUGAUGAUGACCACACCAACACGAGCACUCCUGGUAUGAGAGCAAAUUAUAUAAAAUUAUCAUGCAGCGCAGGCAGCGGCCAACUUGGCCACUCGAAUUCAACCAAAACGAGGCUAAACUUCAACUGCAUACGUGGCGCUGCGUGCGGACUGCAUGACGUAUACGUGAUAUACGUAUAACGUAUACGUAAUUGGCGCUGUGGCCAAUUGCCAAAAAGCGGCCCAGGAACAAAACGUACAAAAUCGAAAGCAAAAGCAAAAGCAUAAAGCAAACAACGUGAGCAACAACUUAACUUAACUCAACUCAAAUCAGACGUGCGACAACUGUGACAAGUGCAAAGAACAAAUAGCACCACACACAAGUCGAGUGCAAUCGAGUCAUAGGCGUAGUCGCUGCAAAUGACAAAAGUUUCGAAAGUGUUGAAAAUGUGUUGAGGCAGCUGCCGCAAGAUGAGAAAAUGGCGAAGUUAACAUUGCACCGUCUACUGCAGCGUUUGCAGCUGACGGCGCUGCAGUUGGCCAACGACACGCCCACUUUAAUGCGCCGACCGCAACUCAAUAACAACAACAACAACAAUAGAAACCGCAUGGCUCUCUUAAGCUGGCUGCACUUGUGCCAUGGCAAUGGACACUACUACUUAACGCUGGCCGUGCUCAUCUAUGGCUAUCUAAUGCUGCACGCCUCAGCAUCCUCAACCACUACGAAUAUGUCGGUCGAAUCGAAUCUAACAACAAUAACAACAAAAAUAACAACAACAGAAAUAAGUUUAGCUAUAAGCGAAAAGAAACCAAAACGCGAUGUUGCCCAUGUGCCUGACGAUGAUUACGAUGCCAGCUAUCCAGAUGACUUGGAUGAUUUAGAUGCCUUGAUUAAUAAUAAGUCAGCUAAAGGUAAAUACAUUGGAGCGCCAUGCAAUGAGUUGAAGUGUGACGCAAAACUUGUGCAUGUCACCUGCGAUAAGGAGACGCAGUUGUGCAGUUGCGAGCGCAAUUAUCCCGUGCAGCUGGGACCGAUAAAGGGCUGUGCCAAACCUAAGAAACUGGGCGAUCAGUGUUUCUACGACGAGACCUGCAUCUACAACGAUGAGAACUCCCUCUGUGUUCAGGUGCGACACAAUGCGAUGUGCCAGUGCGCCAGCGGCUUUCACUCUGUCAGCUAUACGAAGCCAACAAGGCGGGUCUUUUGCACACCAGACCUGAGCGAGCUGAGCUCGGAUUUACCCACGUUGCUGGGCGUAUCCUCGGGCAUUGCGGUGCUGGCGGGUCUCAUUUGCAUGGUACUGCAUCUGUUUAGCAAAACCAAGUAUCCGAGGCAUCGGAACUUCGGUGAUGCGAAUAUACCGCCGCCCAUACUCUACUCCAGCGAUACAGGCAUACCGCUGACCGUGCACUCGGCACGUCCAUCGUCGCGUUCCAGCAUCCGUUCGACGGGCUCGAUAGGGUCAUUUGGUAAUCGUCGCGCCUCGUCCGGCGGUUUGACUGGCGCCGCUGGCGGCGGUGUCGGCAAUAGCAGCGGCGGUGGUGGCGGCGGCGGCGGCGGCGGCGGCAGCGGCAGCGGCGGACAUGGUGGCAACUCGAAGGGCAUACUGGUGUCGACGUCUCGUACAGGUGCGGCUAGAUCGGCCGCCAUAUUGCUCAUAUCGUGUCACAUUACGGCCGUAUCCAAACAAAAUUCACGCGCCUCGUCGCGUCACACAUCUGGCGCCGGCUGCAGCCAGCAUUCGCGCGACAAUCUUGACGAGAACAACGGCUGCAACGGCUCCGGCUCGGCCGGGGCUGGUGGUGGUAGCAGCGCUGGCGGCUGCCGCAGUUGCGAGAGCACGCUCUCAAUGAACCGCCAGCUGCAGAAGCAAUUGAAUCAUCAACGGCACCUGCUCAGCUUUGAGCUGUCGCCGGCGAAGACAAAGAAUCAGGAUAGAUUUAGGACCCUCUUGGGCUUGAAUGGCAUUCAUAAUUAUGAUGAUGACGAUGAUAAUAAUGAUGAUGGGUUCAAUAGCAUAGAUGCACUAGGUGCCAGUGGUGCCGGCAGUCGCGCUGGCGUUAGCGGCUAUGGCGGCUAUGGCGACUAUGGCAGCGGCAUUGGCGGCGGUGCCGAGCUGCAUCAUUUGCAAAUUGGCGCCCUGCCCACGCCGGCGAGUGAAACGCCCAGAUUUGCGGUAAAUCAACUCAUCAGUCAGCAGUCAUUCAGCGUCAAUCAUCAACAUCCACAUCAACAUCAACGUCAAUCACAAACAAUCACAAUUGGCCAAUUUGUAGCCUCCAUCAAUAACUCGAUCCCGCCUAGCAACUAUGUGUUCUCAUUAUAAGUUCUCUUCUUCUUCUUCUAUUGGUGUUUUGAAUUCCUGCUCUCUUCGCAUAUACAUUGUGUACCAAAAUCUCCAUCAUAAACACUUACUCUCAGUUAAGGUCAAUGUGAACUGCCUCAGCUUCAACUGUCGUUUCUAUUUUGGGCUAAAGCUAAGGCCUCUUUAAGCAUUAUGUUGAGUUUUAUCUAGUAAAAAGUUUUUUGAAUUAAGAGAAAUAUUAUUUAUUAUUUUCAAUGCUAUAUUAUGAAAUCAUAUAAAGCCUUAUCCCAUUGUUUAUAUAUGAAAUUUAAUAUCUUAAAAUUAGUUUAUCAUUAUUAUAUAUUUUUGU